AUGCUAAUCACUAUGCAGUUGGAUGAAACCAAGGCGCUGUUAAAGGGACCCCCCCCCCAGGUGUGUGUGUGUGUGUGUGUGUGUGUGUGUGUGUGUGUGUCAGGCAGCAGCUCUGUGCAGGAGUUCUUCCUCGUCAUGAAGUGCCAGUUCACCGAUUUUGAAUGGCGCACCAUCACAUCCGCGCAGUCCAACGGGGACCAGCCGCACCUCUUCUACAGACACUGGGCUCUGAAGGAAAGCUUCAUCAAAGCAAUCGGAUCGGGGCUCGGCUUCAACCUGCAGAGGGCGGAGUUUCACAUUUUGCCCAAUCAAAUGCAGGAGGGGCGUGUCUUCUGCCAGACCAAAAUGCAUCUCGACGAGGAGGAAGACGAGGACUGGACAUUCGAGAAAUGUUUGCUUGACGAGCAUCAUCACGUCGCCGUGGCGCUGGGAAAACCUGACGGCUCCGUGGCGAAUGAUGCUGGGAAUCCCAGAGAGGCCGCGUCCAUCGGGUUCACGGUCCUGAGCUUCAAUGAGCUGAUGGAGGAGGCCACACCCCUUUCAGAUGAAGACCCCACCUACUGGGAGAGUUUUAGGAGGAAACCGGAGGUACCACUGCGGCAGAGUGAAGGAUAGGAGGUGUAUAAACUUUUGGGAUAGAUUCUGGAUCCAUCACAACCCUGACCAGGAUAAACAUGGAUGAAUAAAUAAGUAUGUGUGUGUGUGUGUGUGUGUGUGUGUGUGUGUGUGUGUGUGUAAUAAACCAAGCUGUGGAGUACAUAAAUAAAUAAAUAAAUAAAUAAAUAAAUACAAAGGGAACCCUGACUAUGAAGACUUUCAUGGCUUAUUAGAUUAACACUGACAUUAGUCAUAAAUGACAUCAGUUUAAAAAAAAUAAUAAUUUGAAUUGUAGGCCACAAUUGCUGUUUACGUAGUAAUGCAUUCUGGGUAGUGAUGUCAAAUGGUUGCAAUGGUCUUGGUUCUUCAGCAACCCUACAAUGAUAUAAACAUUCCUUCCAUUCAGCCUUUUCAAUUUGAACCCGGGUUUAACAUAAGUGAGGAGGCUAACAUAGAAGACAUUACUCAAAAUGUAUAUCAAAAUGAAGACAAUCAGAGAGGCAAGGAGGCGAGAGUGGGGCAAAAUCGAUCGUGCCUGUGCAGCAACUGCACGUCUAUGCCAACGGAGAGCAAGAGUGUUUGCUAUAAAGAGCUCCACCUUCUGUCCAAGGCUGUUCAAGGUACACUUAUGGAUUAAACUAUCAUUUUAUGAUAAAAUGUAUUCUAAUAUCAAUAAUUUUAGAUAUUU